CAGCAAACUGAUGUGAAACCCAGAGAGGCUGCUACUCUCUCUGAAAACAGCAAAGCCAGGAUGAUGGAAGAGGCUCAGCGCAUCAUGCAGGAAAUGAGAGACAAAGGAUGCACUGCUCAGAGAGACAGAGAGCAGGAGGACGUGCACAAAUUGUCAGCCACAGACCAGGCAGUAUUGAAUCUGACUGUAGUAGAGUCUCUGAUGUUCUCAGACUCUGCUCUGAGGGAGAUGGCUGAGCUGCUGUCAGAUGCUGAGGACAGAGUACACACGACACAGGCCCUCAACAGGAGGGGUCGUAAUGCCGUAAAACAUCUGGAGGUGAUGUGGUACAUAGCUAGCACUGGUAGCCUUAUACAUUCCUCAUUGUGUGGUGUCCCUGAUGUGUUUAUGUUUGUUUAUCAUUUGUCAGUAUCUUCAAUCUCAGCUGGGGACAAAACAAAAGAGGCUCCAUCCUGUGACAGAAAUAACUAAAGAUCUGCUAAAGAAUAUAACCAACAUAUUUGUAAUGCUUGACGAAACCAAGAAAGAAUUUGAAAACCAUGCAGCUGAAGUAGAUGGUGCCAAGUGGAAACUCUUUCAAAAGUUAAAUAACAUUUUCCAAAUGAAGGCCACGAUGGGCAGUGUUACUAAGGCUGAGGAGCACGCAGAGGAGCUCAGCAGAGUGGCAGCAGAGUUUCAACCAUUGCUUCAUAAUGUUAGUACCAUCAGUGAUGACCUGCUCAGUGAACUGGGUAUAGGAGUUUAUAACAGCAUCAUAAAUGCCAAAGACAAUGCAGAGAUGGCAGCAAGUCAGAGCAGAGAGGCGGCUGAAAGAGCACUAAUGGAUGCAAAGGAGGCAGGUCUUGUCAACAUGGCCAAAGGACUCAAAGAUAAAUCAACACAUUUGUGGACAGAAGCCAACGAGACACUUAAAAUGCAGUCCCAGACAAUGAACAUUCUUAAAGAUGGCAUGAAGAAGAAGAUGGAAAAAGGAGAAUUACUGCGAAUGGGCAUCUCUACAGUCAGUGACAACCUCAAAAAUAUCAGAAAAGGUUUGAGGAUCACAUGACAAGGAUAUAUUACACACUGUACCUUCUUAA